AUGUCCAGAGGUAACCAAAGAGAAAAAGCCAGAGAAAAGAAUGCUAAGAAGCAAGCUCAACAAAAGAAGAAAAUCGAAGGUGAUCCAAAAAAGAGAUUAGAAGACCAAGCUGAAAUCAUGAGAAAAAAACAAGCUGAAGCUGAUGCCAGAAAAGCUGCUGCUGCCAAAUGA